GUCCAAUGUGUGUGUGCUAACUUUCUCUCGCCUCACAGAUAGACUACUACUGUAUUUUUAGCAUUUUUCUUUCACCGAAUAUUUGGUGUCAACUGCUGAUACUAUGUGGGAAUGCAUAAAGGUUUGUUUGAGAGAAAGUAGGAUGAAACAGCCCACUAGCAGAAGUGAACAUCAUUAUCUUAUGUACAGUACAUACCUGCCGUAAGAGACUAAAGGCGUGGUAUGCUACGUGUUGGAGGGAGGAGCGGAGCCUGACAGGCCAAGUUCACCGUCCAUGGGGGUGUUGAUAAGGCUGCAGUUGACAGCCAUCUCUCACUGAGUCCUCAAUAUGCAUGGUGACCACUCACUAUGGGGAAUUCAGCUGGUGGCAGCUGGUGUUCAGCUGGGGAACUCUUUCUUCUUGACUGUUCUGCCAAUGGUGGUGAAGGAGCGAUACAUCGUCGCUUCCAACUCCACGCAGGCGGAUGACAGCUGGCAGAUCUCUGUGUCCAGCUUCUUCAUGACUUACAGGGUCCUGAGUCAACUGGUUCCCAUCCUUCCGGGCUUUUUUCUGGCCUGGCUCGGCGACAUUGGCUGGAGGAAAAGCCUCAUCGCAGUCCCGCUGCUGGGUCUCAUGCUGUCAAGGCUUGUGCUGCUGCUCAUGUUGUUACGGGACUGGCCACUCGAGGUCUUGUGGGUGGAGGUGCUCAUCACUGCAUUGUGUGGGGGUUCCACUGUGUUCUGGAGUGGCAUCAUGACACUGUUGUCUCUGAGCUCCACAGGACGGAAUCGGUCCAAACUUUUGAUGAGAGCAGAGCUUAUCAGUGGAAUAUCCGGUGUUGUUGGCUGUAUGACAGGUGGACACUUGUAUGAUUUAUCCAGCCCGACCGUGAGGCCAGGUGUCAUUACCUUUCUGGUGUGUUUGCUGCUUCAUGCCUUCUGCAUGCUCUACAUUAUCUUCUUCCUGCAGGUAGGACCACUGUGUGACACAGAGAGCUUGAAUAAACUCAGUAAUGCCAGCCCAUUUGCCCAGCCAAACAAAGUCGUGAACAUAGUGAUGCUGUGGGUGGCGGGAAUCCUCUACAAUGCUGUAGAUUCCUCGACAACAAACAUUCUGGUCUUGUUUCAGCUGAUGGAGCCUCUCCACUGGAAUGUGACCCAGGUUGGCUAUGGGAAUGCCUCUGGCUUCCUCGUUAUGCUCUCAAGCUUCCUGAGUACUGUGAUCUUAUCAAGGUGGUUCAGCGAUCGCACUCUCAUCACCAUCGGCCUGAUCUCCAAUGCGGCUGGCAUGCUUCUCAUGGCCUUCGUCACCACUACAUACAUGUUCUUCUUAGCCCGCGCUCUGACACUCUUCUCUAAGAUGCCUGUUGUCCUGAUCUCUUCUCAACUGUCCCAGCAGGUGCACAGUUCUUCAUAUGGUAAAGUCCUCACCUCACUGCAGAUUUCUUUGAAAGUAUCCAGUGCAGGUUGCAACCUGCUCUACGGCAAGAUUUACCAGCAGACUCUCAGUUGGUUUCCUGGUUUUGUGCUAACGCUAUCCAGCAUUGCGUCCAUCGUGACGAUCGUACCAGUAAGGAUAUUUGACAGUAGACUGUCUGCUAUGUGUAGCUACACUGCAGAUGAAGAGGCUGAUCAAGAUGACAUAUUACCCCUGACAAACAGUGAAGACAAACCCUUUUGCAAGGAGUGCGCAUCUUAUUCACCCUUCAACGAAAGACCUGAGUGAGAAUGGCAACUCAUCUAAACAUAACCGACAGGGUUGGGGGUGCGGGAAGAUGAAUGGUAUAGACGUCACGCCUGAUGAUGGCGCCGAUGCAUUUAAUUUUCCGAUCGUGAGAUCCCAUUGAACUGACAUCUUCUGACAUAGCAGUAGACAAGAGCCAAGAACCUUUCUCCUAUAUUUAACAGAAUAACAACAGGUUUACCUGUGUUGAUCAAAACAAAUUUCAACCAUUUCUUAAAAUAAGUUAAUUCAUAACCAAUGUAGCAUACAUUGUACUGUAUUUCACAAAUGCAGCAGCCAUGAGCUACUGCAGUGCCAUACACAACCUCUACGGGUGUUCAAUAAUACAAGACUGCCUUUGAACCUGUUAAAGGGUCACUGGCAUGAUUUAUCACCUGCUUAAAUAUGAUAUCAAUUGUUUGUAAUUACGUUCUGCAUUGUUCGUUCUUUGAAAGCGAACGGUAAAGUCGCAAAAAUUACAUUUAUAGUUCAUGGCGGCAGCCAUGACGAACUUUUUGUCGCAGCAAAGGGAGAAACAUUUGGAGAUGAAAUUGAGAAUUUGCAGAACAUGGACUUAAGCCUUACCACAUGGAGAUGAAGACGCCUUCAAAACAGAAUGGUAAAUGUAAAUUACUCUGGAGUUGCUUAUCCUUCAAUUAUUGUUUUAAAUCGGCUUAUUCAUGAGCGUAAAGGGGUCUUCAUAGCCUGUUUUAUUUGAUAUUUUGUGGCCGUCGCUGCCGCCGGUCUCCCACCGCCAACAUAUUGCUGUGAGAAGAUGUUUAUAUAACAUGUAUGAUGCUUUGAAGCCUUGUCUCUAUAGUUGAAUAGUGUUUAGAAUACAAUAGGUAAACAAGACACGACUUACUCUGUUCUGUGGCAACUUUGACGUAGUGGUCGUUCUUGUCUUUUUUUUUUUCUUCCUGUGUACUAUUCCGCCGGCGGAAUAGGAUCCUUUUUGAAAAUGCGUUUCUACCGUACUUUCAAGCCAAAUGCUUCUUGUAAAGGUGUUCCUUCACAGCCGUCGUCAGUGAAGGUGAGCUUCCAUCUGUCUCUCCUUCUCUGCACUCGCUUCAUCCAUUUUUGUCUUAAACCUUCGUCUUUUGGAAAAGAAAACAAAGAAAGUAUCACUCGGAUAACGUAAACAUCCAGCUGCCACACAACAUCUUGGCAUGACUACUAUUUUGAUGAAAAAUAUGCCGAGCUAUUGGGAGCUAAGCCCGAGCUAAGUCGACGAGCUAUCUCGAGAAACGUUUGUUUACUUGGCUUUAGCUGAGAGGUGUUACUCGGCUGAUGUCACUUCUGGAAACUUCUGCUUUGCUGCGACAAGUUCGUCAUGGCUGCCGCCAUGAACUAUAAAUUAAAAAAUGUGUGAUCUUAUAUUCGGGGUCUAGAGAGUUUUACAUACAAACCCACAGAUGGGGCCAAGCGAGUCAGUGUGUUUCUUCUACUCACAGUAACCUUGAGAAAUGUCGCUGCAACACAGAGACCUGCUCAAGAAAGUGCUGUGAAGGUUCGGCAGGUUCGCAAGAAGCAGAACUCUGAUGCCAAUUUUAGUAUAAUGGCGAACUUUACAAACUUCUUGUGUAAAAGGGGGUCAUCUUACAGUCACGUCGUCUUAUAUUCGGGUCAAUGCGGUACGUACUGUGCUAGCUUGACAAGCAGCAAGUAGCUGUGUCCUAAUGCAGGGUUUGCAUCCUUCGCAGUGUGCAUUUGUGGGGUGCUGACGUUGUGCGUCAGUGAGCAAAGGCCGUCCCAAUUUGAAAAAGCUGUGUCCUCCUCUGCCAUUUGCUCGCAGUCUUCAUCAGGACUGUCCAUUUUACUGGCCGUCCAUAUCCCAGGAUCCUUUGCGCGCCCAGCUCUGAAAACUAUUUCAACAUGGCAACAGAGAGGCUUUAAAAUAUAAUAGCUGUUUCACUCAUUAAAACAUCUCACGCCAUACAUGUAAAGCUUGGUGUGACGUUUGAAAAAGACAUUUCUGUUAAAACACAAGAAUGUCGAGCAACCUCCGUGCCGUACUCUCCUCUCAUUUACCUGGAGAGCGAGCCUCAUAGCAGGCUUUAUGGUAGAAUGACUCAGUAUUGAAUACUAGCGUGACUUGCAAACAAGACCAGAAAACUAGAUAAGAAGGGAACUAAACACACAUGAAACACACACACAGCCAGAAUGCACUCAAAGUUCAAGAAUGGGCGGGUAACACACCUCAUUGUUUGUCUGUUCUGAAUCGUGACAAUGUUCAAGAAUGUUCAAGAUGUCUGUUAUGUCAUGUAUUGUUACGUGGUCUGAGCCUUCUGUAAGGGAAAACUGCACUUUUUGGGGAGGGGAUUUUGCCCAUUUUGUGAGACAUGAACACAUACUGUAUGUGUUUCUUGUUGUUUCAUUGGGCGAGCGGCGGGGUACACCCUGGACUGGUCGCCAGCCAAUCGCAGGGCAGAUGUAGACAAACAACCAUUCACACUCACAUUCAUACCUAUGGACAAUUUAGAGUUGCCACUUAACCUAACCUGCAUGUUUUUGGAAUGUGGGAGGAAACCGGAGUACCCGGAGAAAAACCCACGCAUGGGGAGAACACAAACUCCUCACAGAGAUGCCCAAGUGGAGAUUUGAACCCAGAUCUAUCCGAUCUCCUGACUGUAUGGCCAACAUGCUAACCACUGCGGCCUCAAUGCGUUCUAAAGAUAUAAAAACAGAUAAAAAGCGACAACUCAGUACUGCACGUAACAAAGAUUGCUAUUAAAACACCUCCAAAAACCUCCAACAAGGUUUUAUGUUUUUAUAUCCAUGUUACAGUAGUUUGGUCAUUACUGGAACUUCCUUUCUCGGCGCAUUGAUUUCACAUAGCAGCAUAGAAAGGAACACCUACACCUAGCGUUAACUUAACAAACUCAAAAAUAAAAACAACAACAGCACUGGCGGCAUCUUGAAUAUGUAGCCUUACCCUUUUGGUAGGGGUGUGAGGCGUUGUGAGUGUGGCGCUGACGCGCUGCGGGCGAGUCUCUGGUGAAGCUCGUCGCUAGCCGGCUCGUAGCCACUCGGUGUGGUGUGGCCAAGUGUUAAUGCGCCAGUAAUGUAGUUCGAUCGGCGUAGCGAUGUUAAUGAUAAUAAUAACAAUGUCGCUGUAACAUUUUAUCUAAAUGGAGCGUUGUUGACGCUUUUUGGAGACUUUUCCAGAAGACUUUAUAGGCGGAAUAAGUCGUCCCCCAUACGUGUAGUAAUGAGCUGUCUCUUUUUAUCGGUUCAGAGAAAAGAGAAAGACAUAUAAGACAAAUAAGGAUUGUGGAUGGUGGCAAAAUUCCCCAAAAAGUGCAGUUUUCUUUAAAGGAGUGCACCAUGAACCAGAGACCACUCUUCUCUCUGACCGUCAAGCUGUGUCUGAGUGCAGUUACGUAUUUGAUACACAAAAUAAGUGGCGUCACGAACUGGAUUGGAAGAAAAAUGAUAUCAGUGCUAUCCGCUCCUUGGUCUGCUUGACACAACAAAGAACACAGCAGGGAAAAGGGAAGAUUUCUUGCUCAUGUGCAUGAAUGCUGUGUCCACGGACUUCACAGGCUGUUCGGGUCAGCAGCAGCACAUCCAGCACCACGGGGGUGUCCUGACGUUGUGUUCUUAGCCCCCUGCUCUUUGCCCUGCUGACCCACUAGUGCGGCACACACACACGACAAUAACUUCUUCAUGAAAUUUGUGGACUACACUGCUGUAGCGGGUCUCAUCAACAACAGAGAUGAGUCUACCUACAGGGAUGAGGUGAGACGACUGGCCACAUGGUGCAGAGACUACAACCUCACUCUCAACGUGGAGAAGACAAAGGAGAAUGUGGUUCACUUCAGGAGAGCCAAUGCCCAACACUCUCCACUGACAAUCAAUGGGGCAGCUGUGGAAAGUUCCUGCUCCUGGGUGCACACAUCACCGAGAACCUCUCAUGGCCUCGGCGCCCAAUAAAGCCCAAAAGCACCUCGAUAUCCUACACGCACUCAGGAAAGCCACCGUGGCACCACAGAGAGCGUCCUAUCCAGCUGCAUCACUGUGUGGUACGGAAGCUGCACCGCUGCUGACAAAAAGACCGUGCAGCGCACCCCUCCCCACUUCCUCCAGGACAUCUAUAACACAUGCUAUAAUACAAGCGCUCACCAUCACACAGAACAUCCCCCACCACCUUUUCAGUCUCCUGCCAUCUGGGAGGAGGCUACUCUCUCCUAGCCCUUCUUCCAUUGCACCCCCCAGCCUCAAACGUCACACAACUCCCUCCCAGACUGACCAUUCAUGUACACAACCAGAACGAUAUCGGAACUGUUACAUUCUCUACUUAUUUAUUAAGUCAAUCCUAUCUACCUCAUACUCUUGCAUCUAUGCCACAUUCAGUAGUGUUUGCACACUUGUUGUUUCUUGUUCAUUGCACAAAUUGCAUAUACUAGUGAUGAGUCAUUUGCGAGCGAAACAGGCAGCUCUUUGAAGUGAACAACGGGAGAUGUUUUUUUGAAGUGAACAAGCCUAGUCGUUUGAGGAUGGGGAUGGGGGGGGGUUACACACACACACACAAGAAAGCUGGAAAAGUUAGGAAAAUGAGCAGCAGCAAACAAAAGUUGUUUC